AUGGUCAGGGUGAGACAAGAGAGCGUGGAGGAGCAGUGGGUCAGGGUGAGACAAGAGAGCGUGGAGGGGCAGUGGGUCAGGGUGAGACAAGAGAGCGUGGAGGGGCAGUGGGUCAGGGUGAGACAAGAGAGCGUGGAGGAGCAGUGGGUCAGGGUGAGACAAGAGAGCGUGGAGGAGCAGUGGGUCAGGGUGAGACAAGAGAGCGUGGAGGAGCAGUGGGUCAGGGUGAGACAAGAGAGCGUGGAGGAGCAGUGGGUCAGGGUGAGACAAGAGAGCGUGGAGGAACAGUGGGUCAGGGUGAGACAAGAGAGCGUGGAGGAGCAGUGGGUCAGGGUGAGACAAGAGAGCGUGGAGGAGCAGUGGGUCAGGGUGAGACAAGAGAGCGUGGAGGAGCAGUGGGUCAGGGUGAGACAAGAGAGCGUGGAGGAACAGUGGGUCAGGGUGAGACAAGAGAGCGUGGAGGAGCAGUGGGUCAGGGUGAGACAAGAGAGCGUGGAGGAGCAGUGGGUCAGGGUGAGACAAGAGAGCGUGGAGGAGCAGUGGGUCAGGGUGAGACAAGAGAGCGUGGAGGAACAGUGGGUCAGGGUGAGACAAGAGAGCGUGGAGGAGGAGCAGUGGGUCAGGGUGAGACAAGAGAGCGUGGAGGAGCAGUGGGUCAGGGUGAGACAAGAGAGCAUGGAGGAACAGUGGGUCAGGGUGAGACAAGAGAGCGUGGAGGAGGAGCAGUGGGUCAGGGUGAGACAAGAGAGCGUGGAGGAGCAGUGGGUCAGGGUGAGACAAGAGAGCAUGGAGGAACAGUGGGUCAGGGUUAGACAAGAGAGCGUGGAGGAGGAGCAGUGGGUCAGGGUGAGACAAGAGAGCGUGGAGGAGCAGUGGGUCAGGGUGAGACAAGAGAGCGUGGAGGAGCAGUGGGUCAGGGUGAGACAAGAGAGCGUGGAGGAGAAGCAGUGGGUCAGGGUGAGAGUGAGACAAGAGAGCGUGGAGGAGGAGCAGUGGGUCAGGGUGAGAGUGAGACAAGAGAGCGUGGAGGAGGAGCAGUGGGUCAGGGUGAGAGUGAGACAAGAGAGCGUGGAGGAGAAGCAGUGGGUCAGGGUGAGAGUGAGACAAGAGAGCGUGGAGGAGGAGCAGUGGGUCAGGGUGAGAGUGAGACAAGAGAGCGUGGAGGAGGAGCAGUGGGUCAGGGUGAGAGUGAGACAAGAGAGCGUGGAGGAGGAGCAGUGGGUCAGGGUUACCAUGAUGAGCAGUAAUGGUUGCUCAGGUUACCAUGAUGAGCAGUAA